CUGCCACCUGCCGGAAAUGCGUUAAACGUUGUGUUUACACAGGAAACGUAAUAUAAAUCUAAACGAAUCGUUUAGAAAGCAACGCUACUGAGUUUCGAAAAUAAUUUAUGAUUCUGGCAUAGUUAACAAAUACAAAUGGCUUUUUACGAUAAUGAACAUUGGCUUUUGUCACACAUCAGGGAUAGUUUCUUAUCAACCGACAAUACAGGCCAAUGUGAGAUGGUAAUGCUUGUAGAGGACAUACCAAAGCAAUUAAAAUCAAAUGGCACGUUGCAAUGUUAUCCUGGCAUAGAAGAGAGCGAUGAUGAAGAUUUAGAUGCUCUCGCAGAGUCUUAUGACAUACAAAUGGAUAUGGAAUACAGUCAUAGAGAACGUACUAACACUGCUCAGAGAUUAGAGAAAAUGGAUCUUGAAAGAGAAAAGGCUGCUAAAGUUAGUGUAAAGUGGAGAGAUGAUCCUGUUGUACCUAAUUCUCAGCAAUCAGAAUUAUUUCAAAGAAAAGACUUUCGUAAAAAGACUGGUGAAACUAAGAAACAUUCCCUUUUAUCUGAACAACUUGAAAAGUGCCCAAAUAUACCACAAAAUCCAUACAUACAAUAUGCUAAAUUCGAUGGCAGUGUGCAAGUAGAUAUUCCUACAAGGAAGUACAGGAUAUUCAUGUGUAUGUUACCUAAAAAACAAAGAAUGUAUCCCCUUCAAGUAGUUGUACUUGCUACAGCUAAAGUAAUAGAAUUCAUUGGACUAAUUUGCUAUAAGUAUGCAAAUGAACAUCCAUAUCAUCCUCUAAAGGAGGAUAUUACAAGAUAUGGUCUAUACUUUACCGAAGAUGAUGGAGAAGUCGACUGGGACUUACCGUGCUUGGAUCCUAGAGAAGUAAUAUCUAAAUUUGAGUUUACGACUCUAGGUCUUGCGGAGAUGAAACCAAGCGAUAGGGCACAGCACAACAUGUUCAGCUGGGUUAAGACGUCGCAAGCGUCGUUGGAAUCAGAUCUUUUUUUAGAAGUUAAAAACGAAGAACAAGAAGUUGCUGAAGACUUAGCAAAAAUGGAAGGACACGCGACUGCCAUGGAAGCACCGCUAUAUCAGUCGUAUAGGGUAUACAUAAUUAAUAAAGUUAGAACCAAGACUGAAAUAUAUCUUGGAAUAUCAGGUGAGAAGAUUGAAAUCAAUCCGAUAAUAACUGGGAAAGGUGCAGGUCGUUUUUGGAACAGGCAAAGAGCUGUCAGUUACCGAAUAGACAAUAUUGCCUGGUGUGAAAUAACAGAAACGAAGGGAUCAAAAACAAUUUUUACAUUAGUCUAUACACCGCAUGCUUCCACUUCUGAAAACACUUUAGUAUCAUCCGGACAGACACACUCUCUACAUCAAUCAGUGUCGUUCAAGAAUCAUGAAUUUGAAGCUGAUUCGAUAACGGCUGAGGAGAUUGUAAGAAAAAUAAAUCAUAUAUUGGAAUUACAUAAUAGUACAUCCAGGAAAGAAUAUCUAUUAAGAGUACUCCAGAAGGAAAGAAAAGCGGUGAUACGAAAGAGCUUUACCUUGCACAGAUGACAACUCGAUUGGUUUCUGUAUUCCAUAUUGAAAUAUUUGAAACAUUAAUUGUGUUUAUGUGUCGAGAAUUGAAACAAGUAUUUAUUUCGGUAUCAGUGUAAUUUUACAAUUGUUUUAAUGAUCAUAAAGUUCUUAUACUAAAAAGAGAAGACUACUGAAAGAAUAUCUAAUGCUUUCAUUUGCCUAAAAUUCUUCUCAUUUCCAGUACAAAUAUGUACAAGAAUACAUUUUUGUAUUAAUUUUGUACAAAAUUAAACAUUUAUUUUACUUCA